CUGGCUGUCACAAUUCAAACAAACAAUUUAUAUAUCGAAUAUAUAAACAUCCCGGCCGACCGGAGCGGCAACCCAAAGGACAGCGUACAGAGCACAGAGAUUACCUGCCAGCAUAGAUGUCCAAGCAGGCAGAAAAGUUGGCCAUGGCCGCCGCGAAGGCAACGCAUAUAAAUAUAGGACAGACGAAGGACUCGAGCCACAACAUGGACUCCUCGGAUUCGUGCUCGCUGUCGUCGGUGGACAGCGAGAGCGAUCUGUCUAUGGCCUUCGAGCGUGAUCUGGGAGUUGAGGAGCCGAGCAAUUGCGACGAAUUGCCGGCCUUUGAGAUACGCGCCUUUUCGCCCCAUGGACGCACGCCAUCGCCCAUCGAUGAUCUGAACAUCUCGGACAUAGAGACUCCGAAGCAGCAUCAGCCGGAGGAGCCACCCUGCCAAAACCAUCCCGACUUUGUGGCCCUGCAUGAAAUCAAUGCGCAAAUCAGUCCGCCAAGCGACGCCGACGACUCCGUGACGGCGCUAAGUCGCAACAACAGCCUGGAGACCAUUUUCGAGGGCGUCUUUCUGAACACACCGCCUCGGGAGAAACCAAACAAUAGCCCCGGCUCCAACCUCUGCAGCUCCUCUCGCUUCACUCCGAAGCGCGUGCGGGUCAAUCUUAUGGAGCUGGUGGCUAUCGGCAAUCGCAUACACACCACCGGCAAGGAGAACCAGUCACCGGGAGCAGCAGCCACUGCCAAGCUGCCGUCGCCAGCGACGUCUCCGCGCAAAGCGGCGUCACCUAGCCACCGCUAGACCCAACCAAAGCCCUAGGAGCACUCCUUAGACUAAGUAACGAUCGAAUACGAUGCCCAGGCAUCCUUCGCUUUGUGUACACACUGCAUGUGUAUCUGAAUAUAAUGAACUGAAUUUACAUUUGUACAAUGUUUCCGGAGAACAGACCAGAAAACUUAAGUUUUGUAGACUUAAAUAAAAGAUCGUCUUUCCAUGUUUCAAACAUUAAACAAAAA